CAGUUUCAUCCCUCAACCCACUCUGGAAAUCCCGACGCCAUCACCGUCCAGCCCACCGGGAGGAGACAGGCGAUGUCUUCGUCGGCGACGGCGGCGGCGCAUCAGCUGCCAAGGUCGGAAUCGCGGACGCUAUCGGGACACGAGGGCGCGGUGUUGGCCGUACGCUUUAACAAUGAUGGUAACUACUGCCUGAGCUGCGGCAAGGAUCGCACCCUCCGCCUCUGGAACCCCCACACCGGCGCCCACGUCAAGACCUACAAGUCCCACGCCCGUGAGGUCCGCGACGUCAACUCAUCCUCGGACAACGCGAAGCUGGUGUCGUGCGGGGCGGACAGGCAGAUCUUCUACUGGGACGUCGCCUCCGGCCGCGUCAUCCGCAAGUUCCGCGGCCACAACAGCGAGGUCAAUUCAGUGAAGUUUAAUGAGUACAACACAGUUGUCGUGUCAGCUGGUUAUGACCGUACGGCUCGUGCAUUUGACUGCAGGUCACACAACAGUGAUCCAAUUCAGACAAUUGAUACUUUUCAAGAUAGUGUAAUGUCAGUCAAUGUAACCAACACCGAAAUAAUUGCUGGCAGUGUUGAUGGUACUGUUCGAACAUUUGACAUCCGUAUGGGUAGGGAGACUGUUGACAACCUGGGCCAUCCUGUAAACUGUAUAUCUUUGUCAAAUGACCGCAAUUGCUUGUUGGCUAACUGUUUAGAUUCUACUGUGAGGCUUCUUGACAAGACCUCUGGAGAAAUGUUACAAGAGUACAAGGGGCAUAUAUGCAAGUCCUUCAAGAUGGAUUGUUGCCUGACCAAUGACGAUGCAUUUGUUGUCGGUGGAUCCGAAGACGGGUUCGUUUACUUCUGGGAGUUAGUUGAUGCACCCAUCGUUGCGAGCUUCCGAGCACAUAGCUCUGUGGUCACCAGCAUCAGUUAUCACCCAACAAAAAACUGCAUGUUGACAUCAUCUGUUGAUGGCACUGUUCGUGUUUGGACCUGAAGAUGGAAAUAGCUGAUGUAUUUAUCAUCUCUGCAAAAUGUCUCUGACAAUAUUCUCCAAAUCAUCCAUCUAGAAAGUUGCAACGAUUCAAAAUCUUAAAAGAUAUAUAUGCUAGUCUUUCAGUUGCUUGUACAAGAUACAUCCUUUUUGAGAAUGUUAUUGCUACAAUAUCGCAUUGACUCCAUGGAUAUGGAGUAGGUUGCCUCAGGAAAAGGCAGUGUACUUGUUCAUGUUGGAGUAUAAAAACUGGAAUCGUUAUCUAUGCCUAUCUAUUCAUCAAUGAUGACUAGUCUUUGAUCU